UUUUCGACCUUUGGAGAGACUGAUUACGAGACACGGUAAUUAUGUCGCGGCGGCAAUAUUGUACUUUGGCGAAUUUCUCAAAAAUAAAAAUUCCCUGGAAUCUUUUUAUAUGCUUUUUGGAAUAGGUCUACCUAAAGGUGUCAUCUGGCAAAGAAUGAAGAAUUUGACCAAGAGGUCGCUGAAAUCAGAUUCUCGAUGCUUAGGGACAUUCGCUCUUAAAAAAAACUCUCUUUUAUUCUGUAAUUCUGCCAGAAAACACCCAUUAAAGAUCAUAGAAAGCAAAUCUUAACUGGAAAAGUAUGCUUCUCUUUGAUUUCCCAGUGCUAAGAAUCACGGAACAUAUAACAAUAAUGAUAACAAGAUUACUAUUCAAAGGUUGUGUUUUAAUGCAUACGAUGGCAAGCUUUUUAAGAAAAGAACAUAGAAACCAGCAAACCUAUGUAUGUGUAGCUGAGCUUAGUUUUAAGAUCUGACAUAUCUUUAUCAUCCCUGACAACAAGCUCUGUAAUUCCUUAUUUUAUUACAUGCCUAUUAACUAACUUACAGACUAAUGAAUGACAGCUUAAUUUCCAAUUACGUCAACUCAUUCUCAUAUACAAUUUUUAGGAAGAAUUACAAGCAUAUGGGAUUGAUCUUGAUGGACCCAUUUCAGAUGAUUGUAAUGACUGUGAUAUUGUAGAAGUUCCAGAAACAAGAAACCCUUUAGAACCAGCUGAUUUUCAAGACAUGUGUAGAACAAUUGACCAAGCAACAAUUACGUCCUCAGAACUCUGAAACUUCUAUCAGAGAAACUGCCGAGACCCCUAGUCUUAUUGAGGAUGUAAUGGAGAAACAUGAUGGUUCUAUUCGCAAGAGAAAAGGGCAUUUUAACAUCGGUAUGUACGCUAAAAGGAGGAAACUCAUGAUGGAACAACUUGUAGAUGAAAACAUUGCUGCUAAUACUCAUGUGAAGUGUUUACAAAAUAAAGUGAAUUAUCUAAAACGAAAGGGUGAUGACCUAGGAGAAGAUAUUCCCCCUUUAAAACAAAAGCAAAGAAUACCCCAGAUACUAGCAAUGAUAAAGUAUUUGUUCUGAAUGGAAUGUGGUCAACAUUGGUUCAAAAUAGCUCAACACCAUUUCUGGAGUCUUUGAUUAGGUCUUCCAAAACUUGCUCUUCUAAAGUAAUCCCCAGCAUUGUGAAAGAAAGUGUCAAGAAUUAUGAAAACAGUGAAAGCAACUUCACACGUAGUGUAGCCUUACUUUAUAAAGGAGGAAUACUUACUAAAACCAAAUACAAACAAAUGAGACAAGGAUCAGACAGCACUUUCAUGACAGAUGUAGCAGUGCCAAGACCAGUGUCAUAUGACAGGUUACUGGCAUACAUUAAAAGCAUUAAUAUGGGAGAAGUAUUGGAUCUUCAGGAAUUUGCAGCACAGAAGCAAAAAGAUCCUGUGACUGGUGUUUAUAGGCCCCUGGAGUCUUUACUUGUGAGACUGGCACAGUUGUACUUAUUGUUAAAUGAGCAUUCAGAGAUUUUGCACUGGUUCAAUGGACUGAAAGGGACAUUUUUUGUAGCAAUUGGAGCAGAUGGUGCUCCACUUGGUAAAGAUGAAUCUGCAACCUCUUAUCUAGUCAGUCUGCUAAACAUACUUGAUGGUGUUCAGAGCUGUGACCAUAACUACAUGAUAAUGGGUGCUAACUGUGAUGAAACCUAUGAGGUCAUGGUUGAGUAAACCAAACAUAUCAUCAGUGAAAUGGAGGAGAUUGAGAAGAAAACAUAUCAGAUACAUGGAUUAACUGUUACAUUUAGAUGUAAACUAAUACCAAGUGACCAGAAAUGGAUGUCAUCUAUGGCUGGUGAGCUUAACAAUGCCUCAACAUAUUUUUCUUCAUUUGCCACAGUAACCAAAAAGGACAUGGACAUCACAAAUGGAAAUAUUGGAGUUAACAAUAGCUGCACUUGGAAGAAAUGGAGUUUUGAAAAGAGGAAAAAAGAUGCACAAGCAGUGAAAAAAUUCAAAGAAAAGUCCAAAAUUCCUGAGAAUUCUAAGAAUAAA